AUGUGGCAAUUAUACACUCUGUGGGCAAUUUAUCUGAUAACAAUGAAAAUAGGUAUCAUUGGUAAUCUUUGGGUUAUCUGUUCAAUUAUACGUAAUAUACGACCUCAAACAAAUGGUUGGCUAAGACGGCCAAGUGAUUGUCUAAGAAGCCAUAUUUCUGUUUUGGCAUUUGUUGAUUUUAUUGUCGUUUGUUCGCUUGCUUUACGCAUUGUGUACAUUUGGGAUGAAACUUUAACUUUUGAAAUUUGGAAUUGUCGAGGAUUAUAUUUCAUUGAGCAGUUAUCAAAAAUGCUAUCCAUGUUUUGCAUUGCAUGUAUCAGUAUCGGAAGAUAUAUUACAAUACGUAAACCUUUUAAUAAUCAGAUUCGUAGACAUUUUUAUCGAGGUUUCCCAGCGGUACCUUUAUUGCUAUGCUUUCCUAUUCUUAUUCCAAUAAUAUUUACGAUGAAAACAAUCGAUGUUACCUCGGAUAGAUGGGAUUGUCGCAUUAGUAAUGAUAGUGCAUGGAAUCGAUUAACUGGUUUACUUGUUGGAGCAUAUUUUAUUUUAUUAGUGAUGCUUAUAAGCGCCAAUUAUGCUGAAAUUGUGCGCCAUGUGCAUCGAAAAUUUUCAAGACGAAAAGCAAGACAGCCACGAUACGUACGUGAAAUGACUUCUUCCAUUGUACGUGUGGCUGUAUUUCAUAUGAUCUGUUGGCUUCCGUUUUGUUUCAUUGCGAUGAUUCCUAAUGAAACAUGUUCACUGGUACUAGUAUCGAUACGAACGAUAAGUAGGAUUAAUGAACACACCUGGGUGUUGUGGAUUUUAAUACUGGCAAAUUGGUUAACAUAUUUGAAUUCCGCAUUGAACUGGAUUUUCUAUGUCGUGUUAAAUCGAGAUCUCAGGGAACUGAUCAGGAGUAAUACGAAACGACGAAAACGUAGUGCAAUGGCUAACUACUAUUCAUCAUCAAAUUUAGCAAACAGAUAUUCUCGACAACGUUUGGAUCGAAGUUUAAGUAUUCAUGCAUUAGCUGAAAGUCUGUAA